AUGCUCGUAUAUCGUGCGUUCUUGCAUCGUCUUUCUAGAUUUCCUGGUCCGUUCCUGGCCCGACUGUCUAAUUUCUAUGUCACUGCCCUAUCGGGAAAAAAGUUACAGCUGUGCGAUGAAAUUCAAAAGCUCCACCAGCAAUAUGGCGAUUACGUUCGUAUCGGUCCUACUGAGAUUUCUAUCAUUGACCCAGCUGCCAUCAAAGUUAUUCAUGGUACAGCCUCCAAGUUUGAAAAGGGUCCCUGGUACACGGUCAUCGAACCCAGAACGUCUCUUCAGACAGAAAGAAAUAAAUCGAUCCACGCUCAGAGAAGAAAGGUCUGGGACCGGGGCUUCAGCACCCGAGCGCUUCGCGAUUAUGAGCCACGGAUUACCCUCUAUACAGACCAAUUAAUUGCUGGAAUUGAGAAGAAUGUUGGAUCUCCCAUGAACAUCACUCCUUGGUUCAACUAUUACAGUUUCGAUGUGAUGGGAGAUAUGGCAUUUGGUCACUCAUUCGACAUGCUUCUUACUGGAGAAGACUCUUAUAUUUUACGACAAGUGCAUGAUGAUAUGAAGAAGAUUGGACUUUUCAGUCACUUGACCUGGCUAUUUCCUUUCGUCAAAAGGACACCAGGAGUAAAUAAAGACUACCUGAAGCUAUGGAAGUGGAUGACUUCUCGUGUUGAACACCGGAUACAGAACCCACCAGAGAUACCCGAUCUGUUCUCGUGGAUUUUGAAGGCGUUUGACGAAGGUCCAAAAUCCGAGCAGGAUCACCUGAACCUCCAGGGUGAUGCAUAUCUGAUUGUCGUUGCUGGCAGUGAUACCACUGCUGCUACCCUGACCAAUAUUCUAUUCCAUCUUGUCAACAACCAAGCGCUAUACAAGGAGCUCCAGACUGAAUUAGAUUCAUUCCUGCCCGAACUGUCCUACGACAAACUGACAAGCUCUAAGCUCCUCGACGCUGUGAUCAAUGAAACACUCCGAUUGCAUCCAGCAGUACCAUCCGGCGUUCAACGCGUGACUCCAGCCGAGGGAGUCAAAAUCGGCGAGACAUACGUUCCUGGAAACACCAUUGUUGCUAUACCCUUGCAUACCUUGUUUAGGGACGAGCGUCUCUUCCCUCGACCAAACGAGUUCCUACCUGAACGAUGGAUGGCACAGUCUGAACUUGUCAAAGAUCCAUCUGUAUUUAUUCCAUUUUACACCGGUCCGUAUUCUUGUGUCGGGAAGCAACUUGCUCUCAUGGAGCUUCGUCGUGUCACUGCGAAAAUCGUCACUCGGUAUGAUGUGUCGUUUGCGGAGGGCCAGAGUGAAAUGGACUAUCUGGAUGGGUUCCGGGAUGCUUUCACUACUGUUCCUGCGUCUUUGAAAGUGGUGUUUACCAAGCGGGAAGAGUGUUAA